UUUAUUUUCGUACGAAAUAAUUAUUUAUUUUCCAUUUGAUUUUUAGGGGUUUAAGGGAGGUUUUUCAAGCCGAAGAAACUCACAGAAGCAAAAAUGUUUGGGCGAAGAUUUAUCUCCUUCUUGCGUCGCACUUCAUCACCUUCGGGAAAAGUGGUGGUGGAGGAAGGGAAGGCAAAGACAUGGGGGCGAAGGAUAGUGUCAGGGACCUUGAUUUGCUUAACGGGAGGCGUUGCUCUAAGUGCUCUUGAUGAUCUCUCCAUAUAUCAUAGCUGUAGCAGCAAGGCGUUGGAAAGAGCCAGUAAGAACAAGCCGAUUAUAGAUGCUAUUGGGGAGCCCAUUGUUAGAGGCCCUUGGUAUAAUGCAUCACUAGCAGUAGCUCACCAAAGGCAAUCUGUAUCAUGCACAUUUCCCGUCUCUGGACCUCAAGGCACCGGAAUUUUUCAGCUGAAGGCAGUUCGUAAUGGAGAGGACAAAUGGUCAUCAUUUUUACGGCCAAGCGACUGGGAGAUACUCAUUAUGGAAGCUCUCGUCCAUGUCCCGGGGAAUGAAGAGAAGCAGCAAACGUUUAGGAUCAAGGUUUCAGAUGACCUACCUCCAUCAGCUAAUAACGCAUGCACAGAUUGCACAUCAUCUCAGGAAUCUUCGUGUAAUGUGGAUAAGAAAUGACCAAGUUUCGUUCUGCUAUGGCUUUGAGGGGCUUUUCUUUUGUCUCCAUACAAAUCAUUCACAUCAUAAGAAGUUUGUAUUUAGGACCCUUUGAAAUUUUCCCGUUCCAAGGUACCAAACCUAUGCUUGCAAGAAAUAGGGAUCUUGUUGAGCUAUAUAUUGAUUCAUUUAAAUGUUGAAGCUCUAUGAACAGUGUUAUUGUCAAAGUCGGAGAGGAAGAAGAACGCCAUCAUAGAGUAAACUUGAUCUGUAUUUGAUUUACUGGAAUGAGAAUGAAUAAGCUCAUCAUCAAAAUGUAGAUUUUGGCAAGAAAAGGCAAAUGUUUCUGCUUGGAUUUAAAUUCAAUUCUUGAUCUUUUUGUUUU